AUGGCGACGAGGGCGCUCUCCCGCGAAGCCGCCGCCCAGAGGGUGAAGAGCACAGUAGCAAACUUCCCCUCCGACCCCGCAGAUCUCUGGGAGAUCAAGAUGCGCCCCGAGGAGGGGUACCUCAGCGGACAAGAAGAGGAAGGACAAGGCGAAGGCGACCGCCCGCAGGAAGAGGGAGAGGAGGAAGCCCACGAGAAGGAGUGCAUCAAACGGGAGAAGGACGGCCUCUCCCCGCUGACCACGCCCGAGUCCACCAAGGAGGAAGACUCCUCAUCUGCCGUGGUGGAUUUCUCGGAGUCCGAUAACUUCGAGGUGGUGACGGCCGGCGUCGAGUCCUCGGCGCCGGCGCCGGGCGAGAGAAGGCUCGCACCGACGACGCUGGAGAAGGCGCCUGUGACGAGGGCGGAUCGGAGGUCGCCCAUGCCGGCGGCGGGGCGGUGGUCGCCCGCGCCGGCGGCGGGCAGGGGAUCUCCCGCGCCAACGGGUAGGAUAACACCCGCACCAGCAGCGGCGACGGGCGGGAGGACGUCUGCGUCCGCGACAUCGGCGGGCGGCCGAACAUCCAAGGUGAGUGCGGAGACCCUCGGGCGGACAGCACCGAGGGCACAAGCCGGUCGAGGGGCGACGCCCUUAGGCCAGUCGUCGGGAAGUGGUAGCGUGCUGUGA